UCCGAUUUGUACCUGCUUCAGCAUCUGACGAAAUAACGGUAACGACAGAAUGAGUACUACUGGUAAGGCUUCCCGCCCUAUCUGGCCUCAGGCGAGACUCUAAUAGCCGCUCAGUGGAGAAGAUCAAGGCCAUCGAAGAUGAGAUGGGUGAGUUUACCAUAAUCUGAGUGCGAGAAGGGGCGAACGUUUUAUUGACUGGACUUCAGCCAAAACCCAAAAGAAUAAGGCAACAUCUUUGUGAGCAUUUCCUCAUUCAUCGCCUUUCAAUUGACUACGGAUCUGGACUGACCUCACCAUGUCGUAGCCACCUGGGCCAAUUGAAAGCGAAACUCGCCAAGCUACGACGAGAACUUGUGACUCCCUCCUCCUCUGGAGGGGGCGCCGGGAGUGAGUUGACCACCAUUUGAGCACUGUUUCCGGAGAGUUUGGUUAAUAACUAUGCUCCGCUUUUCCAGUUGGCUUCGAUGUCGCAAGGACCGGUGUGGCCAGCGUGUACGUACCGCCUAAGCCUCAUAUUUCCUAGGUCUGUGUACCGGAAUUUUGAAUAUUUGCUUACGAAUAAAUGCUCAGGGGGUUCAUUGGUAUAUAUAGCCCCCCCAGGUAUAGGUAUUCCAUGGGUUGAAAUGCUCAUUGAGCUGUAGGGUUUCCUUCGGUCGGUAAGAGUACUCUCCUAAAUCUGCUCACGGGCACCCACUCCGAGGCAGCGGCCUACGAGUUCACGACCGUAUGUUAAAUGCCCACCUAGUUCCUACUUUCUCUCUCGCGGUGUGCCACACUGACAAGGAUUUAGCUCACGACUGUUCCCGGCUGUGUCAUGUAUAAUGGGGCCAAAAUCCAGAUGUUGGAUCUCCCUGGGAUUAUCCAGGGCGCAAAGGAUGGAAAGGGUCGAGGUCGCCAAGUGAUUGCGGUAGCAAAGCAAUGCAACCUUAUAUUCAUCGUACUAGAUGUCAACAAGCCACUCACAGAUAAGAAGAUGAUCGAGCAGGAGUUGGAGGGAUUUGGUAUCAGGAUCAACAAGCAGCCACCAAACAUUGUCUUCAGGAAGAAGGAUAAGGGAGGUGUUAGUGUCACUAGCACCGUGCCGCUUACUCAUCUUGACGCUGAGGUAAGUUACAAUUUUUGUUCUAUUUUAUUUUUAUAAAAAAAAAUACCUAGUAAAUACAUGUGAACUAUUAGGAAAUAAGAGCGGUUACAACAGAGUAAGUCCCUGAGCCAGUUAUCGCGCAGAAUGAGGAAAAAGGAAAAAAGCACUUGUCAUCCCCUUUUCGAUCCCAUACCACCGCGAGACUAUUACCCGAAACGAUGGGGUCACAACCUGAGCCAGCGGGAACCCUAGAGAGAUUCUGGCUCGGCUAUGCAUCCCCACACCCGAAAUCAUGUGGGCUACGGCGACGAAUUCCCUCCUCCCAUGUCCUCCACAGCUGAGAUUUGUGCGGUCGGGUUUAUUGGGGAAUGUGGCUGACCCUUUCCAGAUACAAAAUAAGUUCUGCGGAUAUCGCUUUUAGAUGUGAUGCGACUGUUGAUGAUCUAAUCGAUGUCAUCGAAGAGAAGAGCCGAAGAUAUAUUCCGGUAAUCUACGCUCUCAACAAAAUUGAUGCUAUAUCAAUCGAGGAGCUUGAUUUACUUUAUCGGUAAGCGGAUGGGAGGCUCGCUGCAUGGAAGGUUUUGUGUCUGACUUAGCGCUCGCUUACUAGAAUUCCCAAUUCUGUGCCAAUAUCAUCGGAAAGGGUUAGUCACGCACAAAUCCAUCCGCACCCCUCUCUUGAAUACCAUUCCCGACCGUAUGCACAGUUUGCAACUGACGCUGUCGAACCGCAGGGCUGGAAUGUCGAUGAGCUUCUAGAAUUGAUGUGAGGAACAAAUCCGUAGCGCGCGCCCCACGUGGUGCAGGGACGACCAACUUACUGAAAGACACAUAGGUGGGAAAAGCUUGACUUACGAAGGGUCUAUACAAAGCCCAAAGGCCAAACGCCUGACUACACACAACCUGUUGUUUUAAGAUCUAAUGCCUGUGCCGUCGAGGAUUUUGUUGGUUCCCCCCUUCAUAUAAUUGCUCCUGUUGUUGGAUGUCGUCAGAUUGACGGGUUUUACAGUGCAAAGCGAUUCACAAAAGCAUUAUCGAUUCCUUCAAAAUUGCGAUUGUCUACGGCAGCAGUGUGAAACAUCAGCCACAAAGAGUUGGACUUUCACACGUUCUGGAGGAUGAGGAUGUGGUAGGCAUUAUCGCGCUUGUAGGGUCUUUCUGCUCUCAGAUUCACUAACCCCGCCUUCCCUCUUUCAUUAGGUUACCAUCGUUAAGAAGUAAACACACGUCCGCAUUGAAACAGCUGGGGCGUGUUCGGGUUAAUACCCCACUCGGUCCGGUUACUUUUGCGGAGUCCGCACAUGGAUGAGGAAGGACGUAAGAUUGCGAACCGGCAAAUGAUCCGUCACAGUGACCUAAAAAGCUACGGUAGCACUGUACUAGUACCGUACUAGUUACAAGUUCCUGGUUGAUCUUUCAUCCGUCAAAAAGCAAUCAUAUCCUUUUUCCACCACACCUAAAAAGAAUCACAGGGCUUCUCUUUGCGACUUUGACUAUGAUACUUGGUAUCUCAACAAAGAGAGAACCAAGAAAUAUGAUUUGUUAUAUCCUUUCACCCUUUCCCUUCGCAUUCAUCCUAUCGAUUUGGUGAAGAACAGAGCAAACUGCCCGGCCUGACAUAAUCUCGAUCGUUGUGCUACGUGUUGAUUGCGGAUAUUGCUAUUUGGAGGCAGGCUGUCAUGUUCUACUGUGAGAGUUUAGUAUCCUUUCCGAGGCAGAAACCAGGAAAACUGCGGCACCGGUAGACUAGUAUGGGAAGGAUUGACAGUAAGAGGUUAGAGGGGUUGAGCACAGUCUCUCCCCGCCCGAAUUCCUUCCAGCCAUUCUUUCCCAGGGGGAGGUUCGCGAACCCGCGUUAGAGGUGAUAUUGUUGGAACAACGAAAUUUGAGGCUGCUGCGACGUACUUGUACUCGUACGAUGCGCUACGAAGUUGGUUAUUGAUGGACCGUGCAAGCGACAGAGGAAGAAGAAGAAAAAAAAAGAGAGACGAUUGCCCCUGAGUCUUCUAGAGUGGAUGGAAUGGGAGCUGUCGUAGGGAUGUUUUUUUUUUUCCUCCGUCUGUCGCUUAUUGGAGAUGUACGAGUACCGUAUUGUCCACACUGUCAUAAGUAGACGAUGGCGCUUAUUCUGGGGCACCCUGAGAUAUCGUCAUUCACCCCUUUUAUCCUUCUGACCCCCUCCCCCCCCCCUUGUCGCAAUAGAAAAGUAUUAAAAAAUAGGUCGAUGGACACAUGGGUUGGAGAACUGCUUCGUAUAAUAAUAACACGGGAAACAGUUUUCGCAAAAGAAAGAAAAGUAGAGCUCUUUAGAUAAAAAGAGGCUCUGGCCGACCGCCGCGCCGAAAUUAACUUUCGAGAGGAACCGGUGGUCUUCCUAAAGGUAACCUUUCGAAUUUUUUUAUAUUUUUCCACACCUUCUCUGUCCUAUCCUUCCAGCAAUAAUAUCUCCUAUUUCCUCCUUGCGAUCUGUUUUUUCUUUCUUUCUUUUUUCUUCCCCCUCUUCGUUUUUACGAGUUUGUGCUGUGCAUUUCCGCUACCCUGUUCUAGAGCAUCCCGGCCGAUUUGAGUGGUUCCGCUUUCCCCGGGGUCGUGCCAUCAUCAAUUCUUCCUCGUUUCUUUUUUGUCCUAAGCCGGCCAUGGCCGCCGUGGCCUAAGAUAUCCACAACCGGUGAAACCCCCCAGAAUGAGUGAGCGAGAAGUUCUCUUUUGUCUGUAGGGAAGCAAAGUUGCUCAACAAGUCCAGACCCACGAACGUUUAUUUCGAGUUGAAUUACCGGUACAGUGCAGAGGGUAGGAAAUCGACCCUCAGAGGAAGCGUGGAAAAAAAAAAAAAAAGUAACGGUGCUCAAGAAGAUUGUUUGUCCGUGAGUUUUCCCUGCCUCUCACCACCCUUGUCUCAUCCUGGUCCGCCUCAUCUCAUUCUAUUCCUUCGAAAUUCAUUGCCGUUCCAUAAGUUUUUUGUCAUUACCGGUAUCACACAAUCUGGGCUUCCUCUUUCCUCUUCGCGCCUUCCCCAUCUCUGUCGUCGUCAAUUCUUCCGUAAGUUUCCGGAGAACUUUUCGAGCGUCGAUUUCGCGUACGGUACUGUGCUGCUACUUUUCCCUCUCCCUACAAAGCACCACCGGCGGGGAGCUAAAGUGUGUUCCUGAGGCUUAAUUGCAUGACUACGGUUGGUUGCAUGUCAAGGUUGCCCGGGUAGGACUAGAGAGGAAGCGUGCUGAGAUUAUUAUCCCCGUUCCUUACACCGCGCACGCGCACUUUAUUUUCGGAGAGGAGGGUUUCUCGGUGCGAACAAAACAAAUCUCCCCCAAUCACAACGCACGAGGCAGGAGAGGGAGGUUCGAAGGUGAAGAGGAUCCCAAGAAACAAAAAAAAGAUCACAAAAAUCACACAAUUGAAAUUGGCGUAGGAGAAUUGGGAGUGGGAUUUAUAAUUAUAUAACAUUACUGACCGCCUCCACAGCCACCCCACCGAUUUAGGGCAGGUGUUUUGUUCGGCCAGUCUACUGUCCUGACUGUCAGGGCUAGCUGGGCACGGGAUCUCUAUAUUCCUCCGCUCGCUUCCCUCCGAUCCCAAAGCUCUCCGUUGCCUGCUGUCUGUUCUUGUAUCGUCCACACACUUGGUUUGCCGUCUGUUUUGUUCGUCAGCCUGUCUGCUGGUUCUCAUACGUAACUCUUCUCAUAUGCAAUGGAAGGCGUGCAUAACCCGCAUGACGACUUUGUCAACCAGCAAUGGGUUGAGAUUGGGACUCUACACCACCAGCAACAACAACAGCACCAUCAUCACUACCACCAAGAGGCGCAACAUCACGCGCAGAAUGGUGGACAUCCUCACCAUGACUUCUCUGCCUACGGUCUCGUCGAAUCGUCCGGGUUCGUACCCCAAGACCACCACCAGCAGCAGUUUAGGAUGCAGCAGCAGCCGGUGCCGAUAGCUCCGAACUAUCUCGGUCUCCCGCAUUGGGGCCAGACGAUGAUUCCGCCACAGCCAUCUGGGGUCGCUUCUUCGCAUCCUCAAUUCAUUCCAUCUCCGGCAAUUGCUGCUCCAAACCAGCCGACACUGGGAGCACCGCUGUCCAUGACCCAGCCCGGCCACCCGACUCAGACCACCUCUAGUCCGAGGAGGACUUUGACAGAUGCCGACAGGCGGAGGAUGUGCAUAUUUCACGAAGAGAAUCCAAACGUGAAACAAACAGAAAUCGGGGGUAUGGUGGCGACAUCUUCUCCUUUCUCCCAUAAGGGGUUUCGUGAUUGGUGGGCUGACUUUCUUCUUUUUGUUCACAGCAAUGUUUGGUGUCGAGAGAAGGUAAGCGGCAGAACACGAAUUGGAUGAUUGAGGGUUGGAGCUAAUUGUUUUUUCUUCUUCUUUGCCACAGUACUGUUUCGAAAGUUCUUCGGCAGAAGGAAAAGUAUCUCUUUCCCGAUGACGGGAGCAGAUCCCCGGUGAAACGCUCAAAAGGGAAAUUCCCGGACAUUGAGCGCGCAUUGGCUGUUUGGGCGAAGAACACGCGGAAGCAGGGGGUGGCCUUGACCGAUAUGAUGAUCCGAGAAAAAGCUAAAUUUUUCGCGACCAGCGUCGGGAUAUCGGACAGUCAAUUCAAGGCAAAUGGUCAAGGCUGGUUGGAAAAGUUCAAACAGAAAAACAACCUUCACUCGAAUGGGCGGGGGAGAUCGGAGAGUGAUGUGACUGGUGUGGCUAGGCUGGCGAGCGGAGGGUUAAUGUCACCGAAGCCAGGCCACUCUAGAACGGAUUCAACACCAGUAUUAGGGUCGCCUAUGAUGCAAGAGUCCAAGAGCCAGGAUAGCAGUCAUAAUGGUACAGAUUCCCCCGAAUCAUUUAUGGAGUUUGGGGGAUUCAAUAAGCAACAAGUCUCGGGUCUGUUUUCCUCUGCGUCUGUGGCAGGUAUCCGACUGACAUUGCAGCCUUUAAUUACGUAGGUCCAGCUUCUCCAACCUCCCCAUUCUUCUCACCAGAUCAGCGUGGCUCCAUGCAAGCACGGAUGCCGCACCUGCAGCAGCGGCCAAGGUCACAGACAUUCCCGACCAUACCUGUUGAUCCGACCUACAUAUCCCCACCACCGUCGUCAGAGCCAUUGACCCCCAAAAUGUCGAACCAGGCCGUGGUGCCCCCACCAGCGCUUGCAUCCCCUGCACCAGAGCCUCCCAACCCAUUGGCAUCGCCGAACCAUACCCCGUCUUCCCCUCAUGGGGCUUUGGCACUACAGACACCGCAAUCACCCACUAGGGAAGAUGCGUGUCGUGCGCUUGAGGUGGUUAUGACCUAUCUCAGACGGCAGCCGGUGGGGUAUGUCGAACCAGAUGAGUAUCUUGUCGUAGGAAAGCUGCUAGCUAGAAUCGGGCCGGACAAUAUGGAAUCCAAUGAGAAAAUUAGUGCACCACCUUGAUAUGGGCGGUGAUUCUCCGAUGAGUAAAGGGAAAAAGUUUUUAUUUUUUGUUAGUUCGUUUUCUUUGGCCUACAUUCCUCUUUUCUUAACUUGAGAAGGGUAUUUUUGGGGAUCAUAUCACGGUGUUUUUGAGUUUUUUUUUGGAAUACCCCACAUAUUUCUUAUUGUGUUUGUUUCCCCUCAUAAGUCGGGUAGGGAGGUGAAGAAAAGGGAUGUUGUUUGUUGUGCUUCCUUAUAUCUCUUUCCUAUCUUUAUCUCUUGUCCCGGCCAUUUUCAACUUCCUUUCUUCGUUAACCCCCUUCUUACAUCAUGAUGUUGCGUUAAUGGGAACUUUAUCUUAGCAGCCCACCCUCCUUCCAUUUCCGCGUUUUCCUCCAUGUCAUUUUCUCUCUACCCAUUUAUUGGGCUUUUUUCAACCUGUCCUACCUCCUCCACCACUACUACUAACUAUAGACUGCUCGCCGGUCCUCUGUUCAUUAUUCAUCUUCUUUCGGUCCGGAUCCAAGGUUCGAUCCGGUUUUUUUUUACAUACGGGAAAAACAGGUCAGGGGUUCCGGUGGUCGCUGUGUUAUCAUUUCGUUUCAUUUCUCAAAUUUCAGGCGCUGUCUGUCACUGCCAUGGAUUAAUGGCCGGCUACUAUUAUAUCCUUUUUUCGGUUAUUAAUACCCUAGUUCCGUUUUCUUUGCCUUUCCUUUGAGAUAUCACUUCGGAUUCUUGUAUAUGUCAUAGAUGUCUUUUCCCAAUAUUCGACUUUUUUCUCCUGGAGGGCUGCCUUUGAGAGGAGGGUAAAGGGAUGGAUGAAUGAAUGGGAAGGGAGGGAAUAAGAUGAGGUAGGAUAGGACAGCUGUAGUCGUUUUUAUUUUUAUUUAAAUCUCUUCAAAAAAAAAACCACCUGCUUUAAUAUCUCUCUUUCGUUUUAUAUACCCGUGGCGGAACGGCCGGUGUGGAAAACCGGGAAGGGAUGCGGAAGCGAGAAACGCGGGUAAUACUAGCGGGAACAGGGGAAAUAGGGGAAGAGUAAACGAAAAGGAAAAUAAAGUAACGGUUGUCGGUCGCUCGAGUGUAUAAGGCGGGUAGAAAAUACGAGGCCGGAUAAACGUGAACUCGAAUUUGCGCUCCUCCCCCCUCCAUCCACCUUCUGCGGCAUUGAAGAACAUAGCUAGAAGUGGGUUCAUUCCUGGUGGGAUGGGAUGGGACGGGAGAUACGGGAAAGGGGACGAACCCGCGGGGUCGCCG